AUGAAUAACUUCACGAUGAAUAAUAAUAUGGAAGCUGAAGAGAACCCUAGGCGUCGGGCUUUCCGACGUGCGGUCGUAGCAAACAUCAAUCGCAGCACUGCUCUGAGACAGCAACGUCAUGUAAGAGAGCAGCAGAUACAGGAGAGGGAGAGGCAGCAAAGGCAGGCUUCUGUAUCUGCUGCUCUCUUAUAUGAUGUUGCUGUCACGAGGCAGAAUGGGAGAACCACUCAGGCCGCUCCUGAUACCCAGGCCGCUCAUAUCCAGGUGGUUCAUAACCAACAGGAAGUCAUUCAGCCCGCCCCAGUUGUCUCCAGCGGCAGCUCUGGACCCAGCCUCGUCGGAAACCUUGAGAAAGUAGCCGAGGCUACUCCUAACGCAGCCCUCGAAUACCCUAUCUCGUCCUGGACCAUUCUGUCGUUCGACCUGAACUGCGACCCUAUCCAAGCGAAAGUAAAUCAGCCCGAGAUCGAGCCACAGAUCGCCUCGUCCAGCAACUCAAAAGGCAAACAGCCUCAGCAGCCACGUCACAACAUUAAUCAGUGGCUCGAUGGAAGGCCUCGCCCAGUUCUGGAUCCCAGUGCUGACGAGUGGCUGCCCUUGAGCCGCACGAUGGAUCAGGAUAAUCAUCCAUUGAAUGGGCCCGAUAUACUGAGCUUAUACUAUAACAGUGACAGCAUCGACGAACAUCCAGACUGGUGGGAAGACCAGUCGAAAGUUGACCCGAGAGAUGUAACCCCCGUCAAUCCACUAGCUCGAGUCCCGUCACUGGAUCGUGGCCCGAGUAUCCGUCUCCAAAGAGCACUGGCAGAAGACCGAGAGGCUCAUCGGAAGCCGAUUAGCGAUCUCCUCGGCCCCAGCGAACCGCUCCCGCCUACCACCCAGAACGGCCUUCUUCGAGCGGCGGAAUGGGCGGGCGUAUGGUGUAACGAGGUGCGCGAGCCUUCUACUCAAGCAAAGAUGGCGAAGUUGGGACCGGAGAAGAAUAUGAGUGAGGUGGAGCUGGAAUGGAGCCUUUGGCAUGGGCUAGAGAAGAGGCCUAGGGAGAGGCCUGCUUACUUGCCUCGGCUCGAGAAGAAUGAAGAGGAGUUUCCGUCUGCAUUAAGGCGCGAAUAA